UUAUCCAAAUUUGCGCGGGUUUGCAGUUGGAAUGGGAGGUUGUCAUCGAGCUAUUGUCGGCUCAGAAAACUAUACAUAAAAAGGUUUAUUGUGAAUCUUCUUGUCACUUUAAAUUGCUUGGAAAACCGAAAACAUGUCAAAGCGAGAGGCGUUUUUAGAUGCUGCCUGUAAGGAAAAAGUGGAGGACUUCCUUCGCUAUAUCCAGCUUCAUAAGGAUAAAACGGAGCCUUUCGAUGUGGAGGAGGUGGUGCAGGAGAUGGCCAGAGACCAGAGACGGACUCUGUGGGGAAAACUGUCUUCACUCCUUCAGGAUGUCCUGCAGGAGUGUCCCCCGGAGCGCUGGGAGGAGGCCAGAGAGGAGGGCAUGGAAGUGGAGUCGGCUGCAGACCCUAAACAUGUCAUGGCUGUAGUGGAGGGCGUGACACUAGUGGCUACUGUGUCCGUAAAGGUCCUACAAGAUGAUGAUAACUACAGUUCCCUUCUGGAAAUUGCCCACAAGAUUCAUGAUGUUCUGGUGCUGCUGCCGGUCUCGGAGGCACCUUUGCACCGCCAUAUCCACAUGCUGUGCGAGGCCUGGUGGAAGAAAGGGCUGAAGAAGAAAGAACAGUUUGGUCGCACUGCUUUCUUCAUCUCUCUGCAGAAGAGCUUCAUUCUUAAGAAACCAGGUACUGAGAUCCAAAGAGUCUGGAGUCUCCACGAUGUGCUUCUGAAUCUGGACUACACAUCAGAAGACAACAAGCAGAUUAUUGACUUGUUGCUUCAAUGCUUUUACCGUCCGACUUACAUUAGAAACGAUGACGGAAAACGAUUCCUGGUGUUCCUUUUCAGCUGGAACGUCCACUUCAUCUGUUUAAUUCACGGCACCAUCAAGAACCAGCUGGAAUUUUAUAGCAAGACCAUGACUACUCAUAUUACGGAGAUCUACUUCAGAGCAUGGAAAAAGGCAAGCGGGGACUUCCUGGAGCAGAUUGAGAACACAUGCAUUCAGGAUUUAAUGCAGAAUGCAAUCCUUCUUCACAGAGCAUCUCCUGUGCACGCCAAAGUCCGACAGAUGGUGAGCUAUUUCCACUCACGGAAGGGCUGUCCGAAGGUGGACAAGAUGCUCUGUAAUCUCUACAAGCCCAUCCUGUGGAAAUCUUUAAAUGCUUCAAACUUUGAGAUUCGUGCAAAUGCCACUUUGCUUUUCACUGAUGCCUUCCCAGUUCAUGACCCAGAGCAGAGCAACAGGAAUACAGACGAGGCCAUUCAGAAGCAGCUGGACGCAGCGAUGGCCCUCCUUGAUGACCCCCAUCCCACUGUGCGCUCUAACGCCACGCUGGGAGUGUGUAAGAUCCUGGCCAGGUGCUGGGAGCUCCUCCCUCCUACGGUCAUCACAGACUUCCUGAAGAAGCUGUUGAUGGAGCUGGCGGCUGACUCCAGCUCCCCUGAUGUCCGCUGCUCUGUCUUCAAGUGUCUGACUAUUGUCUUGGACAACUGUAUCAGCCAUCCGCUGUUGGAAAAACUCCUGCCGACUCUCAAACACAGCCUGCACGACAACUCGGAGAAAGUCCGCAUAGCUUUCCUUGACAUGCUUAUCAAGGUCAAGGCAACGCGGGCUGCCAAGUUUUGGGACGUGUGCAGCAUGGACCACCUGCUGGCCCGCCUGGCGAUUGAUUCACAUUCGGUCUCCAAGCGCAUUGUCGAUCUGCUCUUCAAGUCCUUCUUCCCCGUCAACGAGGCGGAGAGGGAGUGGUGCUGUCGCUGCAUCACUCUCAUCCAGAUGAACCCCAUGGCUGCCAGGAAGUUCUACCAGCAUGCACACAAACACACAGCCCCCACUAACAUCAUAAAGCUGAUGUUGGCAAUUCGCCGUGUUGUGAACCGCUGCAUCCAGGCCGACCUUGACGUGACUGAGAUUAAUGACAGCAACAAGGAGAACAGCGUACUGGCCGAGCCUCUGCUGGGGAAAGACAUGGCCGUCGUGUCCGUUCUGCUGGAGGUCGUGGUCAUCCUGUGGAGAAGUGUCGAGAAGGCGAUGAAACAAAACGAAGAGGCCCAGAAGUACACGUUCGCCAAGUUUGGAAAUGUCAUCUCCAAGUAUUUCCAUGCCUUCGAGGAUGAGCGAUGCACCGUUCCUCUCAUGCAGCUGGCCUCAUUUAUGCCCCCAGCUGCAGUUCCAACAUUUAGCUGUGGCGUCCUGUCCAGACUGCGGAGGAUGGACUCAGGAGCCGUGCCAGCGCAGUACAGCCAGCUGUUAGACUGCCUGUGCAGCUGGGGCCAGACUGCUGACAUCCUGGAGCUCAUCACUGAGUGGCUCACUGAGGCUCUGCCCAAGCAAGGGGAAAAGGAGAAGACCGGCCGAAAAGUACGUAUCCAGGAGACGGUGGAGGCCAAACCAGAGCUGGCAGUGGCUUACCUGGAGUACCUGUUCAGCCACACUACAACACGGGAGAAAGUCCUGGCUCUUGGUCAGGGACCACUGAAACAGCUCAAUAGUGUUCUAGGAAACUGGAGGUCGGUGCUGUACACUCACCUGAGCUCCACCACAGAAGAUCCUAAAAGUCCCAGUGUGGAGACUGCACUGAAGGUCUUCGUGUACCACGGCCGCCUCGGUGCACAUCUGCAACAUAGUUCGUCAGAGGGUCGAGACUACCUGCUCUCUCUAGAGCAUGUGGCAGCGUGGGUGGCUGAGAGGGUUCUGCCCUUCCUGGAUAAACGUACCAACGGUGAUGAGGAGGAGGAGUGUUCGGAGAAGUUGUACCCCCUGGCUGCACGGAUAACUGAGAGCUUCCUGACAGUUUGCCGAGAUGUUUUACUUGUGGGUUUGGGAGACGAGACGUUCAAGGGUCAAAUCCUCCACUUGUGUUCGCUCACACUCCUCUCAGAGACAGGCUACCUGUGUAUUCCUGCAGUGCUGCUGAUUCUGAAGGAGGUGGCAGACAGCUACGUACCUGAGGACAACAACAACAAGCAGACUCAGGAAAAUGAAGAAGACGAAACCGCUGUGGUUCUGAGUGUGGUGGCCAACAUCUUCCAGAAGAUUAUAGAGCUCUUGGCUCGUCGUCUGAAGAAGGAACCAGAGGAGGGAAAACUGCUGUGUCAGUCAGCCGUCCCAGGCUUGACCAACUUCCUCCUGGUGGCACAGACGUGGGACAAAGCACCUCUCAGCGGGGUCUUUUCUACCCUCUUUGCUGUCAUUAUCGUGGAGAAGAGACAUUUGCUUCAGAAGAUUACCCGUCCUGAAGAGGUGAUCACCCCAGAGUCGCUGGAGGACAUGCCUCCUAUGUCCAGCACCCUGCUGUCUGUCAUCCUCAAAUCACCUCCUCUUACCAGGGCAUUUUUGACAGAAGUCAGCUCAUCUUUCGACUCUGAGGCCAUCAGUAGUCUGAGCGAACUGACUGCCGUCCUGCACGUCUUGUCGGUCAUCAGACACACAGGGAAGUCUAAAGCAGGUUUGAAGAGCACAGCCAUGUCUGUCCAGCAGCACCUUCACAAACAUGCAGUCUCAUCUGUAGACAGCAGAGACGUCCAGAGGGUUAUUUAUGAAUCUUCUGUGAAGACCUUGAAUGAAAUUCUGGAUUUAUAAAUCGAUCUAUUUGAUAUGCAACAACUGUUUCUCAUUUGUAUUUCAUGAAGCUGAGGGGAGCAGCAUAAUAUCCGCCUUCGCUGUUAGUAUUACUGGCUUUCAGUUGCUGGCAGACCAAAACGACACAAUUAAAUAUUUCAACUUCACUGACCAGGCUUUUUAAUAAAAAAAUAAAUAUUUAAAAAAAUAUGGUUUGGAUUGAAAUCUAAUGCUGAGGACAAGUGGCGGUCUGUUACCAUGUGUUUCAAUAUUGGCUCCACUCGUCUCUUAUUUUAUUACUUGAUGGCAGGAAUCGCUCAAGUCCCGUCUCUGAGGCUUUGUGCAUUGAUUAAGUUAAGAAAUCUUGAUGAGAAUACUGCACACUGCAGAAACACGGUUUUUCAGACUGAGUGGUAUUUCACUUUUAAAGCUUUCUCUAUGCAGCUCUGUGCUCCACUUGUUUUUUUUAACAAUUUCCUAUAAAAUACAUAUAUAUUUUCAUGUUUCACUGUCUAUGUUUAUGUAUCUGUUGGUCUGUGGGCUUCAGUGUGCUCCUAAUAAGAAUAAAAACCAACUGUAUCAAUC